UUGUUCACAACUUGUAAAUCUAAUUAAACAUAUCAGAUAUUUUCAAUAAUGCAAUUAGAAAAACGCUUUGAACUGGGCAUAUUUAUUGGAGCCCUGAACAUAUUUGUGUAUUUCGUAGGGGUUUUAAAUAUAAUUGCAACAUUUAUAUUCGAAAUAACCUUAGAUAAGGAAAAUGAGAAAUUAUCCUACGAUACUAGAGACUAUUUCUAUAUAACUUUUUAUAAGAUAUUUUUAUUGAUGUACUCUUUAAUAAUGAUUGUAACAUCGGUAAACCUAAUUAAAGGCAUUAUUAAGAAAUCGAAUUCUUUAAUUGUAUCAUGGCUAGUGUUGUCCUUUUCUGUGGUUAUUUAUCAAGCCCUAUUUUUAUUGGAUCAAGUUAUAUUUUGUAUGGCUUACGGUUAUACACUAUAUUCGCCCAUAGUACUAUUGGGACUUUGUAUUUUAUUUGUUAUACAAAUUGAGUUUUUAAGAAAUAUAACACAUUUCUCCUUGGACUUGUACAGGAAAAAUAUAUUGCACAAUGAAGAGAUAUUUUUCGUUAAAAAUUCAUCUUCAAAAUCCGAAAAUUAUCAGAGAAAUCUAACUUACAAUGAUUCAUCCGUAUUAACACCUCUGAAUGAGGAAGAUUUAAAAAAGCAAUACUCAAACUGUAAUAGUGUUAAUUUAAAUCAAUUUGAUAUUUAAAAUGUAUACAAAAGUUAUUGAAAAGUUUACCUAGAACUUGAAU